UAAGGCUAGGCCAGGCUUCAUGAAAAGCACCUGUCUCACUUUAUUGGGGAGGGGGCUGACCUGGAAAAGGAGUGUCUAGGCCAUGAGAGUCCCUCACAUUCCUAGCCAUGAUGGCAACCAGAGGGUGCAGAAGGAGCUUUGGGAGAAAUGGAGCAGAGGGAGGGCAGAAAAGGCAGAAGGAGGUCCCAGCUUAGAGCUAAUGUUUAGAGACUCACCCAGGAUUGAGACUGUGAGGGCCAAGCAGUCCCAGAGGUGGUACAGGACUCCACCACUCAGCCUUUCCUUCCAGAUUUCCGGGACCUGGUACCUCGAUUCCAUAGCCUCAGAUAACAUGACUCGCAUUGAAGAAAAUGGAGACCUGAGGCUCUUCAUCCGGAACAUCAAGCUCUUAAAUAACGGCAGCCUGCAGUUUGACUUCCAUUUCAUGUUGCAAGGAGAAUGUGUAGCUGUGACCAUGGUCUGUGAAAAGACUAAGAAUAAUGGGGAGUUCUCUGUUGCCUAUGAGGGGAAAAACAAGGUGCUGCUCUUGGAGACCGACUACAGCAUGUAUAUCAUCUUCUACAUGCAGAACAUCAAGAAUGGGACCAAGACCCAAGUGCUGGCACUCUAUGGGCGCUCCAUACUGCUUGACAAGACUCAUCAGAGAGAAUUUGAAAACAUCUGCAAUCUAUAUGGGCUGGACUCACAAAAUAUCAUCGACAUGACAAAAAAAGCUUUGCACCCCAGAGAGUUGAGAUCCAGGCACUGCGGAGACAGCAUUAGGCAUCCUCUUUCUUUCUGAUGCUGGCCAGCAUUGGGCAUCCUCUUUCUUUCUGAUGCUGGCCUGUGGUCAUAUCUCCGUACUCUAGGCCUCUGUCUUCACAUGGCCUUCUGUGUCUGCAUUUCCUCCUCUGCCAAUGAGAUUUAAGCCACCAAGACAUUCAAACUGAUCUUAACUCAUGUAUGAAGACUUUUGCCAAAUAAAGUUCCUCCUUUGGUUCAAGAAUGAA